AAAAUAUUUAAAAUAAUGAAUUACACAGACAUAUUAACAUCAAAAUUUGAACCAGAAACAACAGGUACAACUAUUAUGGCUGUCAUUUAUGAUGGUGGAUUAAUAAUUGGUGCUGAUAGUCGUACAUCUUCUGGGUAAUUAUCAAUAAAUACUUCAAAGACAAUUUGUUGCAGAUAGAUGUGCUGAUAAAAUUGAUUAUGUCCAUGAUAGAAUAUUUUGUUUAAGAAGUGGCUCAGCUGCAGACACUUAAACAAUUGCUAAAUAUGUUAGAUACUAUAUUGAUGCACAUGCAUAAGAAUUAGGUAGAUUACCUGCUGUUGCCACUGCUGCAAAUCUCUUCAGAAACUUCUUAUAUGAAUACAAAGAGUAUAUAAUUUAUCAAUAUUCUAAGUUCAUUGUCAGCUGCCAUAAUUGUUGCUGGAUGGGAUCCAUAUAAAGGUCCAUAGAUAUUCACAUUGCCUUUGGGAGGAUCAGUCAUUGAAUAGAAAUGGAGUAUUGGUGGAUCUGGAAGUACAUUUAUUUGGGGAUUCUGUGAUUCUAAUUACAAAGUAUAUUGAAUCAAAUUAUGUGUUAAGGAAAAUAUGACACUUUAAGAAGCAAGAGCAUUUGUUUUACAUGCAGUAGCUCAUGCCAUGUAUAGAGAUGGAUCAUCAGGUGGAAUUAUUAGAUUACUUAAUGUAACCAAAGAUAAAAUAGAGAGAGAAUUUAUUGAUUAUAAAGAUGUUCCAGUCAAAUGAGUUUGCAUUCAUAUAUAUAUAAAUAUUAUAUUUC